UGCCACUGGAUAAUUUAAACCCUAAAUAGGGUUCAGCAGAUAGCAGAGAAGCUGCCCCAGCUGGUUCCCCGAAACUGUGACCACGCCCCCUACACACCGGAGCACCCGGCUGCUGCGCGGAGCGGGGCUGUUGAUGCCACGGCUGUGAUCACACGCCACAGAGGCGCGCCAAGAGACGGACUCCACAGGCUCCACCACCAGCCACUCUCACGACACACCAAGCCACCACUUGCUGUAGUGCAAUUCUCAGGAUCAGGUUUAGGCAGGCUGUGGACCAGUCUUUGGGGAUACAGUAACUGCUGUGUGAUUGGCGGUUUGUCUGAUACACCAGAGAGAAACAAGAUAAGGAGAAGAACAUACUAGAGGAACCUUGGAUAAUCUGGAGAACGUCCUGCUUUAACCAGAGACCAUGAUAAUGCUAACAGAACGCUAAAGGAAACCUAAUGGAAUGCUGAGUGAGGUCAUGUAGCUGCCCUCUGACACCCCUGCAUGUGACUACGCCUUCUGCGUCACCUCGGCUUUUCUAAUUGGCUGGUUUGGAGAGCGACGGACCAAUGGAGAAGAGUGCUGAGGAGCUGAACCUCUCGUUCCUGCUGGAGCAUGAGCGAGAGAUGAUCCUCGGAGUCCUGCAGAAGGACGAGAAACUGAGGAAACUAGAGGAGAAGAGGAUACGGAAGCUGAAGAAUGAGCUGGUGGAGAUCAGGCGUAAAGGUUCGCGGCGCCCCCAAGAGGUUGGGGAGCGUCAAUGCGCCCGUUGCCUGAAGGGCCUGGGCCUGAUUUUCGACCGCGGGGAGCUCUGUGAGCAGUGUCUACAGCGUGUCUGCAGCGACUGUCGCGUGAUGGCCCCUAAAGCAAAGCAUUGGAAGUGCUCCAUCUGUGCCAAAGUCUUGGAGCUGAAGGUGGUGACCGGGGAGUGGUUCCUAGAGGAGCGGUCCAAGCGGUUUGACAAGGGGACAGUGCUCAGCAGUGAUGUGGUCAAACAGUCUAUCAUGAGCAGCCCCGCAGGAAGCCCCCACAGGAAGUCCCCAGUGCCAGCUGACUCACCUGAGAGGCCUGACACUCCAAAAUCAGGAAGAAGUGCUGUGAGGAACCUGGUGGAUGGUGCCAAGAGGAAAGGGAAAGGGAUAUUGAUGGAUAAGAAGGGCAGCCGUCCCAGCCUGAAGCCAGAGAACGGGGUGCAGGGUGGGAGUGUGUGUGCUCCUGUCCCCGACACAGACACACACAGCAUACGCAGUGCCCGGUCUGCACCACGCUCCACAACCCGCUCAGCGCCUCACUCACAUAGGGGUAGUGUUGUGGCUCUGGAGUCGUCAGGGAUACGUACUGUACCUAACAACCUGCGCUCCCAAACUCUGGAGACGGACAGGUCCCCUACACCCAGCAGCAAGAGCAGGAGGGUCAGGCCGGACGGAGCGGAGAGCGUGGCUAGUUUCCGCUCCAGCGACAGCGUGUUUGACAAGAUGUCCGACACCUUCACCGGGCAUGGCUGGACAGGGUCUGAUACCGCCCCACCCACAAUUGCUGUCUCCAGGGCCUCUGUUUCAUCAGAUCGUAGUCGUUCUGAGGUGGACCUGUCUGUUCCUGGUUCUGCCAGUGAUGAGGCCCUCAGCCUGAGGAGCCGCUCCGUUCCUGGGCUCAAUGACACGGAGUUUGAUGAUAAUGAUAAAGACGAGGACAUCGAUGCUCUGAUGUCGGCACACAGCAAGGCCGCCAGCCGACGCAUGAGCUGCGCUGUGUCUACGUCUUCUACUCCCGGCUCAGAGAGAAAAUGGGGCUACCUCAGUGUUCCUGGCGACUCAGACGCAGAAACUAGCAGUCUGAACAGUAUGAUGAGUAUGUACAGUGAGACUGGUGACUAUGGCAACGCCAACGUGAGUGGCGAGCUGCUGUUGAACAUCAGCUACAGCUAUAAGACAGGCGCUCUUAACGUCCUGGUGAAGGAGUGUCGCAACCUGGCCACCGGGGAUGAGAAGAGGCAACGCACAGAUGCCUAUGUGAAGGCCUACCUCCUCCCAGACAAGUCUCGCCAGAGCAAGAGGAAGACCAGCAUCAAGACCAACACAAUCAACCCUGUAUUCAACGAGAACCUUAGGUAUGUGAUCAGCCACUCCCAGUUGGAGACACGAACGCUGCAGCUGUCUGUGUGGCACCAUGACCGCUUCGGACACAACAGCUUCCUGGGGGAGGUGGAGCUGACCUUUGACUCCUGGGAGUUUGACAGCAACACGGAGGAGUGGUACUCUCUGCAGCCCAAGCUGGACAGUAGUAUGGACUCCACGCUCCAGUAUAAAGGGGAGCUGACCGUGGUUCUGAAGUACAUCCCUGCAGAGAAGAACCUCAUGCUACCCCUGGACCAGGUCCAAGUGAAGAAAGGCUUUCUGAAAGGAAAGAAGACCAGCAUCAAGCUGCCUCAAGGAGGUAUGGUGGAACUGCUGGUCAAGGAGGCCAAGAACCUGACCUCGGUCAAGUCUGGAGGCACUUCAGACCCCUUUGUGAAAGGGUACCUGCUCCCUGACAACAGUAAGUCCACCAAGCACAAGACGGUGGUGGUGCGUCGCUCGGUCAACCCCCAGUGGAACCACACCUUCACCUACUGUGGCCUGCAGGCCGGAGACCUGAACAACGUGUGUCUGGAGCUCACCGUCUGGGACAAGGAGGCUCUGUCCAGCAAUGUCUUCCUGGGGGGAGUCCGACUCAACGGAGGGACAGGCCAGAGCUAUGGGAACGAGGUGGACUGGAUGGACUCAUACGGAGAGGAACAGCGGCUAUGGCAACGCAUGAUUGACAACCCGGAGGUCCCCCAGGAGUGUACACUGAUGCUGAGAUCCAGCAUGUGCAAGCACAACACAUGAGAUGGAGGGAGGGAGGGAAAGAAGGACAAAAGAAAAAGGGACAGAGAGAGGUGGCAGAAAAGGGAGAAACAGUGGAUGGAAAGGGGGGGAGAGAAAAAGAGAAGAAAAGAAAGAGAAGGACAUUGGUUGACAGUGCUCCAUCUCCAAGCUCUAUCCCACAAUACAGAGCUGAUGACAUCACUCCACUUCCUGACCCUUGAACCCUAACCUCUGAGCUACCCUGAUCCUGCACUGGGGUUCAUAGUCCUCUACCUGGUAAAGAGGCCAACCAGUCAUGCCUUACACACACACACAUGGCCAUACCCAGCCAAGACCAAGCACUGCUGCUACUACUACUACUACUAAUACUACUACUACUACUACUACUACUGUACAUUAUGACAUGUACAGGUAACUGCUAAAAUAAUGGAAACACUUGAGUAAAUGAGAGAUACAAAGUAUAUAUCCCUCCAAUAGAGUUCCAGACACUCAUAGAAGGUGGUGGCCCAACGCCCUAUUAAGACACUUUAUGUUGGUGUUUCCUUUAUUUUGGCAGUUACAUGUAUGUAACAUAAUGAACAAGCACAUUGUCAUUUGUAUGAUCUGAUCUGACUAUGCACAACGCUCUCCUCUCCCUGUGUUGAGACUACUUGAGGUAGAAGUUGUUCUUAACCCCAGAUCUAGGAUCAGAUUGCUCUGACCUGCUCUUAACCAUAACCAUUUAGGGGGAAGAUAAUGUAUCUGACCCCGCAUCAGUGGCUCAGGGUAGCUUUUACCUAGGCUUUGACUCAAUCAGAACCCGCGUUGGCAGACAUCCACUUAGCGGAUGUUUUGUUUCGUGUCCACAAUAAGCUAACGCAUGGAGCCACUUGUGGAUUUUCAGCUCUAACGCAGUUACACUUCAGACACCGCCAAAACAAACGAUAUGGGGAUCUAAUAGAAUCUAGUCCCUUCUCUCAUAAGGUAACUUCUCCAAAGGCACUUAGGGGUUGAUGCAUGCUGAGUAGAUUUAAACAUUCCCAAAGUAUACUGUAAAAUGAUAAUAAGGGUGUGUUCAAUAUUGCAUUGUUUAAUGCAAUAAUGUUAUUAUGCAACAUUUUUGAACUGAUAAACCCCAGUUUCAAAGUGUUGCACAAUUGCAUUGUAACUAAUCCUGAACACACCAAUGGUUUUACUGUAGUUUUGAUAAAGCACACAUUACGAGUUACAUUUCGCCCCAGGAGCCUUGGGGAGAUGGGAGAAGGAUUGCAUGUUCCAGAGUGAACCCAUGUCCAGGCCACCCUCUCAGUCAUAGGGAGAACUCAAUUGCAUACUCCUCCCGUCUUCUCUCCUCGCCUCCUUCUAAAAACCCACUGGAGGAGAAAGUCAGAGGGGAGGGACCUUUGGCUUUUUAAUCCAAUGGGUUUUGAGAAGAGAAGACGUGAGGAGAAUGUAAUUGAAAUUCUCUCUAUGACUCAUUGAAUAGAACACAUCAGUCAGCCUGUCUGUCCCUGUAGGCCAGGCCACUGUGACCUGUUUGUCCCUACGACCUCAUUGGAUGAGUUAUAGCACUUCUAGUAUCCCCCCAUUAGUGGUUCUGAAGUCUUGGCAUGCACCUCAAAUGGCACCCUGUUCCCUAUUGGGGCGGCAGGGUAGCCUAGUGGUUAGAGAGUUGGACUAGUAACCAGAAGUGUUGCAAGUUCAAACCCCCGAGCUGACAAGGUACAAAUCUGUCAUUCUGUCCCUGAACAGGCAGUUAACCCACUGUUCCUAGGCCGUCAUUGAAAAUAAGAAUUUGUUCUUAACUGACUUGCCUGGUAAAAUAAAGGUAAAAAUAAAUAAAUAUGGGUGAUUCUACAGAAGUGGUGUAAAUUGGGGGUUGGGGAAAAAAUCACAUUUGUAUCCUAUUUUUCCUAAACUUUCAGCACACAUCUCAUAUGUCAGAUAGACAUAUCUAAUACUCACACACUGUUUGUAUUUCAAAUUUGAAGUAUUGUCCUGAAUUUCUUACCAGGAAAAAAAAUGUGUCACGACCGAAACAUACUGAAAAAGUAUAAAUACAUGGAGAAACAUGCACAUUAUUGAUCAUUUGGAUUAACCUUCUAUUAAUGUUUUAUUUGCAUACAAAAUGGUCAAAAUAAUAAAAACAUGAUUUUUAACCGGACUUUCAAAUCCUUUAAAUUGAAUUUAGAGAAAUAUAAUCUCUAUUGUUCUUCUGUAAAAUGUUCAAUGUUGAUUGUAGAAAUGUUUUGAUUGAUUCAUUUACUUAUGUAUCUAAUUCAUUGUUGCUUGAUCUAUACAUUGUAACUUUUCCUAUCUUUAUUUUAGCAAAAUAAAGAUUGUCAAUGGAUAUAUAUUGGGUAUAUUUUAGUAUAGACAUUACCAUUGAGUGCUUCCAUCAUUUUAAAGUAGUCAGCUGGAUGGGGAUUCUUAUGGGUUGGGAGCAUUGUCUUCUUCAAAUUGAGUUGCCUAUGGUUUGUAAACCAAAGACUAAGGUCUUGUCCGAGAGCAUGAGCCAAGACCAAGACCAAGAUUUAAACCAGGACAUUGGUCCCAAGAUCCAUACCCAGGGAGUUGAGACCAUGAAGUUAAAUACAUAAUGUAUGUGGACUUGAGUGGUCUCAAGACCACAAGACUCCAUGGGCCCUUUCUUCAAUUCUAAGAAACUUGAGUGGAGUAAAGUAGAGUAUAGUUCACUGGAGUACUGUAUAGUACAGUAGAGAAGAGUACAGUACAGCACAGCACAUUAUAGACGUCUAUGUUUGGGCUUUAUUUUCCUGAAGUGUGCUCUUGACCACUAGCUACAUGGUUGCUCAGGAUGUAUAGCAUGGCACUUGCAAAUUUUAAAUGGAGAUAGCCUCAAUGGCGCUGCCUGUGCUGGCACAGAUGUCAUGCUGGCACAGAUGUCAUGCUGGCACAGAUGCCAUAAUGGCACAGAUACAAAGAUGAGACCUCUAUCAAUCUCUAUGGUGUCAAUUGUUUCAGUUGUGACUGCUUUGGUUGGACAAUUUAGACUUUUGGACAGAUGUACUUCCCACCAAACACAUACAUACAUAUUUCUUGAAAUAUUAGAUGUUGAGUAGUGAAGCGUCUUAAAAAUACAUGAAGAUUUAUUAAACCUGCUCACAAAUUUUAUCCAAAAUGUUUGCAGACAGACUACUCACUAUGUGGCCAUGCUAGAGAGGGGUGCAAUCCCAUCAGUUGGAGAUAUAUGUAGGGGUGUGGCUUAAUGCAGAUUCAUUCUACAGUCUUUUAAUGUGUGUGACAUCAAAAGGUGGGCCAGCAUUUUUUUGAGAAGUAUGUUUUAAAUAAACAAAUCUACUAAUUAUUAUGGGGUGGCAGGGAAGCCUAGUGGCUAGAGUGUUGGACUAGUAACCGGGAGGUUGCAACCCACUGUUCCUAGGCCGUCAUUGAAAAUAAGAAUUUGUUCUUAACUGACUUGCCAAGUUAAAUAAAGGUUAAAAAAAUAUAAAAAAUACCAGUAUCUUUCAAUGUAAUAAUAGAACAACUCAAGAUGUUCUGUUGAAAUAAUAAUACAGUCAGUCAGUGUGUAAGACAUCUCUCAAUAGAAACAGU